AUGUAUCGCACAACCUCCGGCGUAGUGCCCAUCGAUGUCGGUCAUGGCAUUCCCGGUUCAGCCUUGCUACACUCGCCCGACCUAUGGCACACACCACCUCAACCAAUUCAGGGCCUAGAUGGUACGGCAGCACAGCCAUUUCCUAUUUCUGGGUCAUCGCAUCAGCCAGAUAGUAACGCAAGGCAACUAUCUGAUGCUGAGUGGGAGGAAUUGAAGCCGUUGUUACAUACAAUGUACAUCAAGGAGAAUAUGACCUUGGCUACCGUCAGAAAGGCUCUACGCGAACGCCGUGGCCUUAUACUUAGCCAAAAGCAGCUCACCAAGCGGUUUGCCGAUUGGAAUCCGGGCUUCAAGAAGAACGUAAAGCAGCACGAGAUAGAAGCAUUCCUGAAGAAAGCAGAUCCUCUCCUAAGAGACGCAGAAGCUUCUGUAUAUGGUGUUCGAAUAACUGCAGCCAAAUGCGAACGCUGGGAAAAGAGACCAAGAAUCCUAGAUAAAGAGCAGAAAGGCACACAUACCAGGGACGUAUUGAGUGCGAUGAAUAUGACCUCGAACAUUACCGGACAGCCAGCUCCAUCGUACACUCCUUCGACAAACUUGCCGAGUACCGUAAGGCGUGAGGGCACAUCGGAUAUGGCGUUUGUGUCGUGCGUGACACUACCGGACGACCAAGCUAAAUCCUUCGCACGUCGUGGUAACGCAGAAAAUCGCCAUCAUUCACCAUUGGCAGUGACUCCAGUCAAAGCUACAAACCCUGAUGUCUCUUCGAGCACGCUCUCAGUGGGCUCAUUCGAACCAGUAGAAUCUCCACAGAAUGCACAUGUGAGUCUCGGCAGUGUCGAAGAGUCAAGAUUCGACCCUGCAUGGCCUAUUGCACUAGAAUCUCCAGAUCACGACACCGAAACACUGACUCGUCUAUUCUCGGCACUGAAGAUGGACCCUAGAGACAUCUCGUGUAACCCACCGGCUCAAGCUGUAGUGGAGGUAUCUACGCCUACGAUGGAUACCAUCUCCUUGCAAGAUCUAGAGAUUUGCAGCUUUGAUGGCCGACUUGUGCCUUGGGUCGCCAAACAGGCUGCGAUCUGCGAAACGGUAUCUCAAAAGGGCAGCGAGGAGGAUACGCCAGAACAGGGCACCACCAUGUUUGUGUCUCAUCAAUAUGGCUCGAAAAAGCGCACCACCACUGGCGCGCUCAAAUACUCUUUUGCUGACAUGAUCUUUCCCUCAUCCAAAGUAGUUGAGCCAGAUCCAUUCUCACUGGAGGUUUACCCGUUCCCAAGGGACCAAAGAAGGCGCCUUGAGGUAUUACCAGUCUCAAAUUCCGACACCGUCUGGCGCAAGGAGAUGAACGAAUGUAUGAUUAUGAUCAAUAAGCUGGGGAGUGCUGCUUUGGGGUCGAGUCCUGCAACGACGGCACGGCAAAAGAGAUUGGCGAUUGCCUACUGCAAACUUGGCUACUACGAUAAAGCUGAACAUCAGUUCAAACGUAUUCUCCCGGCAUUAGAACAACGACAUGGAAAACACUCGCCUCACGUUAUCUUGGUCAGGAUAAAUCUCGCUAAAACAAUUUUUCAGCUUGGAAGGUAUCGAGACGCUAAUCAGAUGGCUCAACAUGUCCAUACCUGGGCACGAAGAUUGGAUCCGGGUGGUGUCUUGUACCAGGAAGCCGCUCGUGUCUUAGCCCGGUCUUUCGGAUAUUUGGGGAACCUGAUGAGAGAGGAAGAACUUCUAAGGGAGCUUGUUCAAAUUAGAUUGAACGCCUUCGGCCCUAAACAUGGUGACACCCUAGUGGUUAUAGAACAACUCUGCGGCUCGAUCAUCGCAGCAAAGAGACACUCAGAAAGUGAGGAGCUGUUGAGAGUUGCACUUGAACUUAGCUCCAAUGCUACACAUUCGUCCAGUCGGCGUAAAUAUCUUAUCUGUCGUAGGCUUGGUAUAACACUUUACAAGCAAGGAAAGUACGCCGACAGCGAGGCCUUGUUAAGAAAGACAACAGAGAUGUCCGAAAAGCUGCUUGGAAUCGAACAUUCAAUAACGUUGAAUUGCAAGUUGUGGCUCUGCCGAGUCUUAAGAGCACGAGGACUGCUUUUGGAAAGCCACGAUAUCCUUCUGGACAACGUUAAGAGCCAAAUCAGGACAUGGACAGAACUCAGAGGGAGCACAAUCGAAUAUAUGGCUGAACUGAGCGUCGUACUAAUAGAGAUGAGGAACGUGGAUAACGCAUAUAAGUGGAUGGAGCGAGCGUUAAGUUACAGUGUUGAAACCGGUGGAACCAAGACCGUCCGUGCAGUGCAAUUCUUUGAAGACUUGAGCAGCUUCAAUAAGCCGGAACGACAACACACGCUCAUUGCAGCCUUGUACAGGAGAAUGGCUAGCAAAAUCAUCAACUCAACUCCUGUACUUUGUAACAUGAGAUGGAUCCCGUCUGAACGGAGUAGAACGGAGCACAAGGAGUAA